CCUCCGUUGGUAGGGUUUUGUCUUUGCUUCAAACUCCCACACACUUUCUGUGCGCAAAAUGCCGUCUCUGCAACUGGGCAGAGUUCUUCGUUACUGUCUAUUAUCCUCUUCUUCUUCUUCAUCAUGGCUUAUUCGACCCAAUACUUUUUCUUCUCGUCUUGCCACUACCUACUUUCCUAAAUUUCAGUUUCUCUCCAGACCUUUCUCCUCUCAAGAACCACAAUCUCAAGACCCUGAUCCGGUAGCUCUCUCUAUCUCCACCGAGCUUCUCCAGAGUUCCAACACAGACACUCUCUCUGUCUCGGAAAGGCUUCACCUUAAUUUCUCUCAUAUCACUCCCACAUCUUCCCUGAUACUUCAAACACUCAAUCUCUCCCCAGAUGCUGGACGGACGGUUCUUGGUUUUCACCAUUGGCUGGUAUCGAGCGCCGAUUUCAAACACACCGACGAUACCCUCUCCUUCUUUAUCGAUUACUUUGGACGCCGAAAGGAUUUUAAGGCGACCGAUGAGAUUCUUGCGGCCGGUAAAGGUGUUGCAGGGGACAGAACGCUUGAAUCGGUUAUUGACCGCCUUGUGCGUGCUGGGAGGCCCACACAGGUUGUUGGGUUUUUUGAGCGGAUGGAGAGGGAAUAUGGGUUUAAGCGUGACAAAAACUCUCUGAAAAUGGUUGUGGAGAAAUUAUGUGAAAAUGGGUAUGCGAAUUAUGCUGAGAAAAUGGUCAAGAACUUGGCAAAUGAGAUAUUUCCGGAUGAGGUUAUAUGUGAUCUGUUGAUCAAAGGUUGCUGUGUUGAUGGGAAGCUUGAGGAGGCCAAGAGAUUGGCAGGAGAGAUGUAUAGAGGAGGGUUUGAGAUUGGGAUAAUGUCUUAUAAUGCCAUUUUGGAUUGUGUUUGUAAGCUUUGUAGACAGAAAGACCCCUUUCGGCUUCAAUCCGAGGCUGAGAAGGUAUUGGUGGAUAUGGAGACUGAUGGGGUUCCGAGGAAUGUGGAGACCUUUAAUGUAUUGAUUAGUAACUUGUGCAAGCUUAGGAAGACAGAGGAUGCAAUGAACUUGUUUUAUAGAAUGGGGGAGUGGGGAUGUCAUCCUAAUGAGACAACAUUUCUUGUUUUGAUUAGGAGCUUGUAUCAGGCAGCAAGGGUGGCUGAGGGGGAUGAAAUGAUUGAUAGGAUGAAGUCUGCAGGCUAUGGAGAAAAGCUCGAUAAGAAGGCAUAUUAUGGAUUCUUGAAGAUCUUGUGUGGGAUUGAGAGGCUUGAGCAUGCUAUGACUGUUUUUAAGAAGAUGAAAGAUGAUGGGUGUGAAGCAGGGAUCAAGACAUACGAUUUGUUGAUGGGCAAGUGGUGUUCCCUUAAGAGAAUCGAUAAAGCCAAUGCAUUGUUUAAUGAAGCAUUGAAGAAUGGAGUUCCGGUGACACCUAAAGAGUACAGGGUGGACCCGAGGUUCCUGAAGAAACCAAAGGCUGAUGAGAAGAAAGAGAAGAAACGGGAAACGUUGCCUGAGAAAAUGGCUAGGAAAAGGAGACGUCUUAAGCAAAUUCGGCUUAGUUUUGUGAAGAAACCACAAAAAAGAAGAGCCAUUUGAUCACAUCAGAAUUUUUUUUUACUUCAAGUCAGAUCCAUUGUGGUUUGCAAGGGUAUGCCAAUCAUCAUGGAAGUAAUCUUUUUUCAACUUCAGUAGUUUGCCUUUGAUGUUGAAUGUUGUUUGUUUUUCAUGAUUUAGUUGCAUUAUAGGCUGCAAUAAAAAGAUAAUUGUUUCUGGCCAAGCUAGAUUGUUUUGCUCACCUUUUAUGCCUCGGAUAAUAUGAGCUAUCUUUCUAGCAAGCAAGUUACUGGGGAUUUGUCAUUUGGUUCUGCGUCUGAUCUAAUGGAAGAAUUGGCUACUAGACAAAUCACCUUGAAGCUUUUAACCUAUUUCCAAUGGUGGUGCAUUAGAUCUAUGGAAAAAUUGGCCUGUAGAUGCACCUUAUUACUAUAUGCAAUAGAAACAUGUAAUAUGCUAUGAGAACUCAAAGUCCUGUAUUCAACUA